AUGGAUGAAGUCGAGCCUUAUGAUUGUUGGGAGGUCGUCGUGAAUGGAUGUUUGGAAGACAAAGAUUUGGACAAUAUUCUAAGCAUACUGGACUCUCCGGUUGAGGGUUUUGAAUGGGACGGGCUUUCUGGGGAAUGGGAGGCCAGCAAGUCGAAUUGUCUCGGGCCUGUACAGCCCAACGUGCUGACUGAUUCGGGCCAGCUGGUUUUACCUCCACUGCCAACUGCCGACGCUGCUGCACCACUCGAGCAAUAUCACCAAUCGUCCUUCCAACCUAAAGGCACAACCUUUCCUCUGCUUACGAACAAAUUCACAGAUUCCCGAAAGGAAAAAGUGGCAUUCCACACACAAAGCCCUGUUUCCGUGCUUGAAGGCAACAACUGUCGCUCAUCCGUCAUCAAAUCCUGCACUAGCAAGCGAGCUCGGUCCAAACGGGCCCGGCCUUUGGGCCUGAGCCCAUGGCUCUUCAUGCUGCCUCCAUUUGCCGCUACCGGAAAGGCUGGGAAAGCUAAGGGGAGGAGAAAGAAACCAUCUCCAAUCCCGGGCUCCGAGGGAGAUGGAUUGCACGACCACACGGAGCCACGGAACGGUGUCAAAAAAUGCUCGCAUUGUGAAGUUACGAAAACGCCCCAGUGGAGGGAGGGCCCGUUGGGCCCGAAGACCCUCUGCAAUGCGUGUGGGGUCCGUUACAGGUCGGGCCGCCUUCUCCCAGAGUACAGACCGGCGGCAAGCCCGACUUUCGUGCCAUCAGUUCACUCGAAUUCGCACAGGAAGGUGAUUCAGAUGAGGAACAAGGCAACACAGCAGCCACCGGGCGAAGUUGUGGGGCCCAUAUUCUGGAAUACUGGCUCGGACCCCUGCAUUCAACCUCAACACAGCUGCCUUCGACUCCAUAUAGCACACCACCUUUUUCCGUCCCUCCUUGCUAGCCAGGUCCAAUAUCCGUCUCACAGCGAAGAAGUUGGCUUCCAUCUCAUCUCCUGGCCUGUCCCAUUCCAUCCGACAUUCUUUGAUUCAGCCUCCAUUAAUGGUUCCCUCCCCUCUAAAUCUCACUUCGUCUGCAGAAGAAAGUAG